AUGUCACAGGACACCAUUGCCAUUAUUCCUAAUAUGGGAUAUCAACCAUCGCGCCGCUACUCGGCCAAGGCUUGUCGUUGGUUAGCCUGGUUAGAGAAUCAACACCAUUCCAUACGUCAUGCUAAAAACGGGGGUGAAGUCACUUUAGGCUCCUAUACAGUGGACGGGUACGAUGAGGAAUCGCGCAUCGUCUAUGAAUUCUACGGCUGUUACUGGCACGGGUGUCCUAUCUGUUAUCCGAAUCUGUUGACGGAAAUGCAUCCUCAUCGAGUCCAGCAUACGUAUCAAGAUCUGCACGUGCAGACCUUGAAACGAGCCACAGCUUUAGAGGAACAAGGGUAUACAGUCGUGAACCUAUGGGAACACGAGUUUGACCAGCAAGUUCAAAACAACACCGAGUUACAAACGUUUAUACAAGAAGUCAAUAUUCAGGACCCCUUAAAUCCUCGGGAAGCCUUAUAUGGAGGUCGUACCAAUGCUACUCGCCUGUAUUGCAACGAGGGAGACAUGCGAUACGUCGAUGUGUGUUCCUUGUAUCCUUACGUUCUGAAAUACAAACCGUUUCCCACCGGGCAUCCUCAAGUCAUCACCAGCGAUUUCAAGAAUGUGAGAGAGUACUUUGGUCUCAUUCAUUGUCGUGUCUUACCACCACGAGGUCUGUAUCACCCCGUCUUACCCUAUAAGACGGGAGGAAAAUUACUCUUUCCCUUAUGUCGAACCUGUGCCGAACAUCGCAACUUAGACCCUGACGAGCGAUGCCAGCACACCGAUUCACAGCGUAGUCUGACUGGCACCUGGGUGACUACAGAACUUCACAAAGCCUUAGAUUUAGGAUAUCGUCUCGACCGCAUCUAUGAAGUCUGGCAUUUUGAAAACUCCAGUCAGGACUUGUUUCGAUCUUACAUCGAUACUUUUUUAAAAAUUAAACAAGAAGCUUCCGGAUUCCCCGAUCAUUGUCAAACGAGCGAACAAAAACAAAGCUACAUCGAUGAGAUCCGUCGACGAGAAGGUAUCUUUAUGAAUCUUUUAGAUAUCGAGAAAAACCCUGUCCGAAGAACCAUUGCCAAACUCUUUUUAAAUUGUCUGUGGGGAAAAUUUGCUCAAAGAUUACAAUUACCGAAAACCCAGUAUCUGACCGAAGAAGAAGAAUUACAACAAAAAAUAGAAGACGCCACUUUAGAAAUCAAAGGAAUCGAGCUCCUAGAAAAUCGAGAUCAUCCGGAAACUGACAUGAUGCUAAUCAAUUAUCAAGAGAAAGAAGACUUCCUAGAAGACUGUCCUUUUGGAAACGUAGUGCUGGCUUGUUUUACCACAGCGCAUGCUCGUUUACAUUUGUACGAGACGUUAGAGCCUUUGGGGGAACGCGUCCUCUAUUUUGAUACGGAUAGUAUUAUCUAUCAACAUGACGAGACCCAAUUUAAUCCUACCAUUGUCAACAGUUUAGGCGGCUGGACCUAA